AUGAGCACACAGAAGGACACUUCCGCUCCCGUUAGCACGGAGGCAACGAGUAAGCAAAAUGACAUCAGCACUAGCACAGCUUCAACCGGAAACGAGAUAAAAGAUAAUCAUGUUGAUAAAAAGGAUCAUGGAAAGUCUACUGAACAUACUACUUCUAACGCAAGUUCCAACGCUGUGUCUUCUUUACCUGUGUCUCCAACGCCAAACUUUUAUUAUGCCAAUGGUUAUGCUGACCCACAGACUAUCGCUGCCGGAGAAUAUCAUGCCGCCAUGGCCGCAGGAUAUGAUCCGAGUGAUCCAAACGUUUUCUCGGCCUAUGGCCAUUAUGGGAUGCAUCCAUCAUAUUCUCAAUAUUAUCCUGCAGAAUACGGGACUGGGUUUCCUGGAACACCACCUCUUCAAGGGCAGACAUCACCUUCUCUUGCACCUCAACCUUUGAGUCCUUAUUUUACUGCCACUAGCCCACCAAUUGCUUAUUACCAUCCCACAUCACCUCAAGUUGGUCCGACUGGGAUUAUUCAUUCACCUCCCAUGCAUCCGUACCUGUAUUCACCACAAUCUCCUUAUGGUGUACUUCAUACGCUCUCACCUACACUUUCACAAUCUUCCUCAUCCGCUCCUAAUUCUCCGCCUCCACAAUAUUUACCUGGUCCUGGUGUCCCUUCGCCUAAAGCUGGCCCUUUGAAUGGCAAUGGCCGUGGCAGUGUCAAUCGCCCCCCUCACUAUAAUUACGAUCGAAGAAAUUCCGGUUCCCAUCAGAUACCUAAUCUUCCCAAUUUUAAUAAUCCGACAAAAACCACCAAUAUUUAUAUUCGUGGUUUACCACCUAAUACAAGUGACGAAUCUUUGCACAAUAUGUGUUCGAUAUACGGUUCUAUUACUUCAUCGAAAGCUAUUAUAGAUCAAAAACAAGGCGACUGUAAAGGUUACGGCUUUGUUAUGUAUGAAUCUGAAGAUCAAGCCAAGCAUGCUAUUGAACAAUUGACGCGAUUGGGAUUGCAAGUUUCCUUCGCCAAGGAAUCAUUCAGCACUCGAUUGAAGAACCUUCAGGAUUUAGCUUCUACAAAUAUAUACUUGUCCAAUUUACCUUUGGAUAUGAAUGAACAACAAUUGGAAGAGUUGUUCAAGCCUUAUAAAGUCGUAUCUAACAGAAUCCUCAGGGAUACUAGCGGAACAAGUCGUGGAGUUGGAUUUGCUAG